AGUGGUGUUUCGAAUGUAAACAAUAUGGCGGUGACAUGAACAGGUGCCCGUCGAUAAUUAAUUGGAUGCAUAUCACCGGUAAUCUUAGUAAAUAAGAUAUUCACGAUGGCGCUUGUAAAACUGGAGGACAGUCUCAGACGUCCAGCUUGGGGACGAGAUCAUUCCAAAAAUAAAAAGAAUAACUUGCCAGAUCUCAGUGAAAAGCCCCCAACAAUCGAUUAUGAAAAAUUAAAGUGGCUGAAUAAUUUAGAGGGACUGAAAGGAAGAGACUAUGAGGAAUCUGCUGAAGAUGCACAUGAAGUAUUUAUGAAGAGUUAUCACCUGAUGUUCGUCAAACCAGAGAAAAAGGCUGGUUUUCCAGUCCAUGCUGCCAAACGACUUGAACAGCAAAAGUCAACAAUAUCGACUGUCACUCACAGAGCAACAGGAAAGACAACAGAAGCUGAUAAGAUGAUGACCAGGAAAGAGUAUCCUAUAGACAAAAUUACAUACGACAUUCGAGAUUAUCUCCCCUUGUUACACAAACAUCGUCAGAGUGAACAUCCAGAGGCUAUCUACAAAUCCAACCUGAGGACACUCAGGAAACUUCUGAAAAAGUUGCCAUUUGAAAGAACAGCGUCAGAAAAUGAUAAGAUGUUUUCCAUUCUGAAAACAAUGGACUUUUUCCGAGAUAAAUUCCCACCCACAGUCCUUAAGGAGCUCUGUGUCGUGGCAGUGUGUGAGCAGUGGAAAGACCCAGGGUUUUCAGUGUUUGGUAAUACUAGUGUGUAUAUGGUACUACGGGGAACUGUAUCUCCAACCAGCCACCCGUAUCUUGACGACAUGGAAAAUGUCAACGAGAACGGUGUUCCAGGCUCACCCAAGUCACGCAAGACCGAAUCCGAUGGAGCUCUAAUUCUAGGAGCAGGAGACGUGUUUGGGACAUUGAAAAAGCACGAGAAAGAUGACAAAGGCAAUAAACCAUUUAGUGUAAUAACAAACGAACCCAACUGUGAAUUCAUGAAGAUUUCCGGGGCAGACUACAACAGAAUCAUAGAGCAAAUCAAGCAGAGAGAGCACACAGAAAAAGUGAAUCUCUUGUUGUCGUGUGGCCAGUACAAACUAUGGCCUCGCCAGCCUCUGCUACAGGUGGCGGAAUUGAUCGAGUGGAUAUCCUGUCCUCCCAACACCAUCGUUGCCAGUGAGGGGUACAAAGCUCCAUACAUAGGCUUUAUUAAAUCUGGGGAGUGUCAUGUCCUCCGGCAAGUAGAAGUCAUGUCGGAGAAAAAUGGACGAAGGGAAAAGAAGACCAAACAGGUUGUGAUGGGAAAGCUGAAUGGUUCUGAGUCAUUUGCUGAGCUGAGUAUUCUCCUGGAUGAACCAAUCACCUGCUCUAUAGUGACAGCUACCAAUGUACAAAUGGGGAUAAUAAAACCAGAGAAAAUCGAAGAACUUGAUGAAGUGACAAUCCAAUUAUUCCAGCAAUCAAACGUGAGGACUUUCGGCAAUCUGUCAAAGGAUAACAUCCAGGAUGAAUACAUGCACCAAGAACUAAAGCGGGAGUGGAAUGAAUUUAAACAUGGAGUUGUAGUAGAUGUGAUAAACUAUCGAGGUAUACGACCUGGCUAUGGAAAGUGGUCAAAGUGACCUUGACAUCCCUAAGUGACCUUGAGUGUGAUGGAAGUAUAAUACAGAUGUAUGUUUGCCUAAUCCCAGAUGUGAAGUUUAGUCCUAACCUGUAUUUGGAUACAUUCCCAUCACAUUGUAAAUGCUUUACUUCUUAACUGAUAAAACAUGACCUUGUUCCACUUAGUGUCAAAUUCCUUUAAUGGAUGUGGUGGAUGUACGCGAGUUUGACAGCUCGGAACCCAUUUAAAAAGUGAUCUUACACUGUUUUCAAAUAUAUAAAUAUUCCACGAAAGAAAAUCAUGUAACACUUUAUAAAUUGAUUUUGCAAUAUUUCUAAAUACACUGGAGCCAGUGAAAAAAGAUCAGAUUGUGAUAUGGUUGGAUUUCCAUGGCAACAUUGUGUUAAGUGUAGAUGUCUCGUCUGUGACUUGAUUGGUGGAAGCUGGAUAACGAAAUGACUGGAUUGGAGGCUAAAUAGUGGAUUAACCAGAUAAGUGGAGAUUGGAAUAUGGACCGGCCAGUUUAUUUGAGACUGGAAAUCGAACGGCCAGUUUAUUUGAGACUGGAAAAUAGAACCACCAGAUUAGUGGAGACAGGAUAAUGGAACCACCAGAUUAGUGGAGACAGGAUAAUGGAACCACCAGAUUAGUGGAGACAGGAUAAUGGAACCACCAGAUUAGUGGAGACUGGGUAAUAGAACCACCAGAUUAGUGGAGACUGGAUAAUGGAACCACCAGAUUAGUGGAGACAGGAUAAUGGAACCACCAGAUUAGUGGAGACUGGAUAAUAGAACCACCAGAUUAGUGGAGACUGGGUAAUAGAACCACCAGAUUAGUGGAGACAGGAUAAUGGAACCACCAGAUUAGUGGAGACUGGAUAAUAGAACCACCAGAUUAGUGGAGACUGGGUAAUAGAACCACCAGAUUAGUGGAGACAGGAUAAUGGAACCACCAGAUUAGUGGAGACUGGGUAAUAGAACCACCAGAUUAGUGGAGACUGGGUAAUAGAACCACCAGAUUAGUGGAGACUGGAUAAUGAGGCUCAUAAUUUUAUUGUCAUGAUAAAAGAAUUAAAAGUCUGUGAUAAUUCUAAACUAUUGACAUCAGUUGCCUUGACAAAUUAUAUAGGUUACGGACACAUGAUCGGAUAUGCCACAUUGUUUAAUUGUAUGUUUAAGUUUAAUACCUGUUGACAGAAACAUUCUCUAAAGAGUUUUUCUAGUAAAAUGUUUUGUAUAAUUAAAGUAUCUAAAAGUUGUA